CCAACCUUUCUCGUCUCACAUUUGAAGAGUUUACCGAAAAUGAAAGUCUAGCAUAAAUUUUGUAUAUUUUGAACACCCCAUGAUCGUAUACUAUGGAAGAGGUCAAGAGUGGUAUGGUUUCUUUGCAUGAUGGGAAAUCAAGACCCCAGCCAGUCAAAUUGCAUCUUACAAAUGAUGCCUUGAUAUUACUGAAGGAGGAACUGGUUCCCAUUUCACAGGAAACAGAACAUCAAAUGAAAGAUUUGGUUAGAGAAGUUAGCAUCCAAAGAAAAGAUAACUCUGGAUUAGGAUUAAGUAUAAAGGGAGGAGCAGACCAUAACUUACCUCCCCUGAUUUCUAAGUUAUUACCAGACUCUCCAGCGGCUAGGACAGAACAGUUGUUUGUUGGAGAUGCAAUUAUAAAAAUAAAUGGAGAGUCAUGUGACAAGAUGACUCAUAGUGAGGUGAUGACAACUCUAAAGAAUGCAGGUUCAACUGUUACCCUAACUGUUAAAUAUUUCAAACCAGCAGCUCCAUUCCUGAACAAGAUGAUGACCCCAGAUAGCCCAAGUUACAACAAUCAAGACAAUGGUAGUCAGUGUAGAGAAAUGUUUCCUGGUUUAGAAAGACAAUGGCGGGUCUAUGUAUCAAUACAGUUAUUGUUUGCCUAUUUAACAAGAUUCUGUCCUGGUACAGAUAAACUAAGAACUAAUGCCUUUGAAGUGAUUGGAGUAGAUGGUUCAUCGACAGGUGUCAUUCACUGUGAUGACAGUCAUUCAUUGGCUGAUUGGAUCAGAGCAAUAUCCAGUAAUAUUUCAUUUCUCAUUUCAAAAAUGAUAAGGAUGAGUAACAGACUGCUGAUACCAGAAGAACAGAUACUGAUGAUGAAUUGGAUGCAUGAGCGAGUUUCACCAUCAUUACAUAGACCAGCAUGGAAACCUAAAUUUGUAGCUUUAAAAGGACCAGAUAUUUAUCUCUUUGACUAUCCACCAAUGCAAACCAGAGACUGGGUUAGAUGUGAUACAGUGUUCAAAGUUUAUGAAUGUAUGCUGCAGAUUUGUAAGGAUAAAGAAUUAUUAGAUGAUAGACAACACUGUUGUAACAUACUGGCUGGAACUGGUGAGAAACUUUACCUCAGUACAGAAAGUCGAGCAGAGUUACUACAUCUCGAGAAGGCUUGGUACAGAACUAAUCAUAGCAGUAUUACUAGAUUAAAGCACAAGACAUUUGGUUGUACAUGGAGAGGGAAUUUAUGUGGACUGACAUUAGAUCUGGACUCAGGAUUUUCUCUGUAUGAUAACAGUACUAAAAACUUUCAGUGGACAUACAGAUUUUCCCAGCUACGGGGAUCGUCAGAUGACGGCAAGACACGACUUAAACUUCACUUUAAUUGUGAUCCACCUGGUUCAACAGAAAUAAGGGAAAUAGAAUGUACUGGACUCCACACAUUACUAUACUCAAUGAAUGCUUUCUUGUCGGCCAAACUUGCUUCUGUGGAUCCAACUUUCUUAUCCUAGUUAUUAAUCAACACACUGAUGUACUCAAUGAACGUUUCUAGUGAAACUUGCUGCUGUGGAUCCAACAUCCUUAUCCAGUUUAAUAGAAGUCUGCCAUUGUAAUGUUAGGGAAUCCAGGAGAAACAAAACUUCCCAUAAUUCAUAGCUUCCUGUUAAUGAGUGCUAUUAUAUCUUCCAAUAUAUUUGAUAGAUUGUUAUAUGUGUGCAGGAUAGUUAUGAUUCAUAGUGUGUUGCCUUUGCGUUCACAUGUACAUAUUUAUAUCAAUAUUACAAUGACAGGGGGUAAAGGGUCACAUUGAUUAUUUGUUGGAGUUUAACACCAGUGUCUUGUCUAUAUCAUAGCAAUUACCAGUCUUCACGACGAACUGUUAAAUCUACAGGCCAAGCUAAAUUUUUGAUUUUUUUUUAGUUAGAUUCUGUUGGCCUGUAGAUAUGAUUUUUACAGGCCAGAGAGCAAUUUUACAAGCCUGGGCUGCACUUAGCGGAAAGACUGAAUUUCUGGUAGUUUUUUAUAAGUAAAUAGAAUUGUUGAACCCUUAGAGAACCAAAACAUUGAGCCGGAAAACUAGCAAUUUUAGUCAAACAUACAGCUGUGAGCAAGGUUUAAAACUGGUAACCUCAGUGUUGACUGGUUAUCUCUGUAGAUGGACUACUUAUACAAUAUAUC